GUUGUUCAGUUAAAGCCUAAAAUACUUUUCUUGUUUUUUAUUAUGUUGGCAAUAAACUUUCUAACUAGUUGGAUUUCAGUGUCAAAUGUUAUUCUUCUUUCUUUUUUCACCAUUUGUUACUUUUAUUUUAAAUCUAAAAAUUUAAAAACAUUUAAGUUUCCACCUGGGCCAACACCACUUCCUUUGAUAGGAAACCUUCUUUUACUGGAUGGGAAGAAACCAGACUUGACUUUAAUGCAGCUGUCAGAGAAGUAUGGCACACUAUAUACAUUUCACAUGGGCACUCAAAAGGUUGUUGUACUGACUGGUUAUGAUACAGUGAAGGAUGCUCUUAUAAACCAUGCAGAAGAAUUUGGAAACCGAGGGCGUUUGCCACUUUUUCAAAAUGCAUGCAAAGACAACGGUAUAAUUUUUGCUAAUGGAGAAUCUUGGAAACAGAUGAGAAGAUUUGCACUCUCCACACUUAGAGACUUUGGAAUGGGUAAAAAUAUCAUUGAACAACGGAUUCUGGAAGAGAGUGCAGCUCUGAUAAAGGUUUUUGAGUCUUUUAAAGGACAGCCAUUUGAGAAUACCUUGAUUAUGAGCUCUGCCUUAGCCAACAUAAUCUGUUCAAUAGUCUUUGGGUACAGGUUUGAAUAUGAUGACGAAAAAUUCAUUCGUUUUUUAAAAAUAAUCAAUGACAGUGUUAGAAUAAGUGGAACUUUAUUUAUACGGCUUUACAAUGUCUUUCCUUUCCUGGGAUUCCUUCCUGGUGUUCUAACACAAGUAAUUAAAAACAGGGAAGACUUUCAUAGAGAAGUGAAAAAGAUUCUUGUAGAAUGUAAAUCUACUCUUAAUCCCAGUGAUAUAAGAAGUUUCACUGAGGCAUUCUUUGUCAAGCAAGAAACUGAGAAAACAAAUAACGAGGCUACAUAUUUCCAUGAUGAAAACUUGCGUUUUUCAACAAUAAAUUUGUUUGGCGCUGGGACUGAUACAACUUCUACAACACUCCGAUGGGGUUUUCUUCUGAUGGCAAGAUAUCCAGAGAUACAACGUAUAGUACAGAAUGAGAUUGAUAACAUCAUUGGAUCUUUGCGACCGCCUAGUUUUAAAGAUCGUAAAAAUAUGCCAUACUGCAAUGCAGUCAUCCAUGAAAUACAAAGAUAUGGCAAUGUUGUUCCCAUGAAUCUUCAACAUGAGACAUCCAUGGAUACUCACUUCCGAGGUUAUUUCUUUCCAAAGGGAACACAAGUGAUUCCUUUGUUAUCAUCCGUACUUCAAGACAAAACUCAAUGGAAGACACCAGACUUGUUCAACCCUUCACAUUUUCUCAAUGCUGAAGGGAAGUUUGUUAAGAAGGAUGCAUUUAUGCCUUUUUCAGCUGGACGAAGAGCAUGUAUCGGAGAAAGCCUGGCCAAAAUGGAGCUUUUUCUGUUGUUUGUAGCCUUUCUGCAGAAAUUUACGUUCUGUCCUCCACCUGGUAUUACUGCAAAGGAACUUGAUCUUGAACCACGUCUGGGAGUAACACGUUCCCCAAAACCUUUACUACUGUGUGCAGUACCUCGCUAAUAUGGAAUACCAAUUUUUAUGUAUAAAGUCUAAUAAAAGAGUGAUGAAGCAAGCUGUUCUGAUUUUAUAAUGAAUGUAGCUUACUAAAUUGGAUUUGUAACAAAAAAUGUAAUUGUACCUAGAAUUGUCCCAAUUAUUUCAUGAUUUGUCACUGAUUCAGGAGGUGAGAUUAAGAGCUAUGGAAUUUCUUUCAAAUUAUAUCAGCAAGUAACAAGAAAUAUAAUUGGAACUGGAAAUGCAUGUAGCAAAAUAUUUAGCCAACACCUGCUUGGAAAGCUUUGCCUCAGACGUGUUUGUCAGACUGUUAGGAAUUAGAUUAGCUCUGACUUUACAUUCAUAGCUGCUUCUUAGAACACUUAUAAAUAAACAAGAGUUCAUUUAUAUAAGGUUCACUACACCAAUCAAAGAGCUAAUAAUAGCUCAGGGAACCUCGUACUAAAAAUAAAUAUCAAUAAGAAAAAAAAAUACAACAUAUACUUUACAAAAUGUUUUCCAAAAUUUGGGAAUAUACUUUCUUUUAAUUCCAAGUCAUCUGUUAACCUCCUUAAAAAAUAAUCUCGACAUGCUUUAAGAACACAGCUUCCUGUAUGGCAUCAGACUCAUACUGUCAACAUACUAAAGCUUGUGAUCUUUGACUGUGGAAAGCUAUUAUUUUAUUGUUUUCUUUUAUUCCAGCCUGAUAAA